ACGGUCCGCAGCCAUGGCGUCCUGGGCCUGUACCGCGGCCUCAGUUCCCUGCUCUACGGCUCCAUCCCCAAGGCCGCCGUCAGGUGAGGCCCGGCCCCAGGCAGCCACGGGUGGGGGGCCCGGCGGCGGCGGUCCCUCUCACCCGCUUCCCGCCUUCAGGUUCGGAAUGUUCGAGUUCCUCAGCAACCACAUGCGAGACGCUCAGGGACGACUGGACAGCACGCGCGGGCUACUGUGCGGCCUGGGUGCCGGCGUGGCUGAAGCCGUGGUGGUCGUGUGCCCCAUGGAGACCAUCAAGGUGAAGUUCAUCCACGACCAGACCUCCUCUAACCCCAAGUACAGAGGAUUCUUCCACGGGGUCAGGGAGAUUGUGCGGGAACAAGGGCUGAAGGGGACGUACCAGGGCCUCACGGCCACUGUGCUGAAGCAGGGCUCGAACCAGGCCAUUCGAUUCUUCGUCAUGACCUCUCUGCGCAACUGGUACCGAGGAGACAACCCCAAUAAGCCCAUGAAUCCACUGAUCACCGGGGUCUUCGGUGCGAUUGCUGGUGCAGCCAGUGUCUUCGGGAACACUCCUCUGGAUGUAAUCAAGACCCGGAUGCAGGGUCUGGAGGCACACAAAUACCGGAACACAUGGGACUGUGGCUUGCAGAUCCUGAGAAAUGAAGGACUCAAGGCAUUCUACAAAGGGACUGUCCCCCGCCUGGGCCGGGUCUGCCUGGAUGUGGCUAUCGUAUUUAUCAUCUACGAUGAGGUGGUGAAGCUGCUCAACAAAGUGUGGAAGACGGACUAAAUCGAGGUGGUGCACACGGGUAGUCCCAGCACCAUUGUCUCACAUGAUUCCAGUGCAGUAGUGCCAAAAGACCCCUUCCCAUGCCCUCAAGCUAUGUGGCCUAGUCUGUCCAUUGUAGCCCUCAAGUCCAGGUAUCCCGUAGUGCUGUGUCUCCUCUGUGGACACCACUGUUGUGUCCACAUGUCCAACCCAGCCACGCUGGGUGUCCCUCUGGCCUAUGAACCUGUGUCUGCUUGUCCUUGUGCUUACUCAUGAGCCCUGUGCCUGUUUCAUGUUCUGUGUCAUGUGACCCUGUGCCCCGCUGCCCAAGGUGCCUGUGUGGCCUGGGUCCAUGGCCCUGUAGCCUGGCGCAGUCCCAAUCCGGUGCCUUCCACCCUGCCCUGGCCUACCACAGCUGCCUCCGGGCCUCGGCCUGGCUUCACCGCAUUCCAGGGGCUGCAUGCCCCCCGCUUCUCCCGCCACUGGCCUUAACUGGCCCUCGGGCCCUCCCUCCACCCGGGACAGGGUGGCACCCGCCACUCUCAGGACCACCCUGCCAAGGCAGAAUAAACCGGAUCCUGUCACAGC